UUUAUGUGACUGUGAUUCAAGUAAACUGUAGUGAGCUUCUUCCAUUUUUAUCUCGUGUUUGGUGCAUGACAUCUCAUUCGGUAGAUUACAUCAUGUGCACUAACAUAUUGAAUUCUCUUCUUCGGUUGCAUGUGUAGACAGCUGUUUCUUUUGUUUAUGUCAUUCUCCCUAGCAGUUGAAGCACUUCAUGCAUUUGUACAAGAUGAAUCAGAACACAAGCAUUACUUGAAUGUUUCUGCAGUGACCAAUUUAUUUGUGAAUCUCAUUGGCGUGUGGUUCUUUAGGAACUAUGCUCGGAUAAAUCUUGCUUACAGAAAUGCAGAAGAUAUGAAUUGCCACUCUGUUUUCCUGCAUGUUCUUACAGAUUCCAUUCGCAGUGCAGGUUUGAUAUUGGCAUCUUGGUUAUUGUCCAUCGGGGUUGAGAAUGCAGAAGUGUUGUGUUUGGGACUCGUUUCUGUUGCAGUCUUUACUCUAGUUUUGCCUCUCUUUAGGGCUACUGGCGGUAUCUUGCUCCAAAUGGCACCUCCUAGCAUCCCAACUACUGCUUUUAGCAAAUGCUUGAGACAGAUUUCUGCUCGGGAAGAUGUAUUGGAAGUAUCCCAGGCCCGUUUUUGGGAAUUGGUGCCCGGUCGUGUGGUUGGUUCACUGUCGAUGCAGGUAAAGAAAGGAGUGGAUGAUGCGCCAAUACUAGAAUUUGUGCAUCGUCUAUACCAUGAUUUUGGUGUGCAAGACCUCACGGUGCAGAUUGAUUAUGCAUAAUGAUUAGGUUGUCUCAACACAGUUUCAUCCUUAUGAUUAUUACCAAGGGUUGUAUGCACAUUAAUGUCAUUGUUUGUUACUGCUGAAAGGAUAGUAGCAUAACUUCUUAUUUAAGAAAUGGUUGAAUUCAACAUAAUUUUUUAUCGGAUA